AUGUCGUCCUUCCGAAUCGAUCGAAUUUUGAGUGGAAUGGGACUCUGUUCCCGAAGUGAAGCCAUUUCAUUCAUUAGAAAAAACGAAAUCUUAGAUCCCACUAAAAAACAACGUAUCCUUUCACUCAAGCACAAAGUGCAAGAACAAGAUAUUUCGAAACUUCUCAUCAAUGGUUCUCCUUUUCAAUAUCCUACUCUCAACUUAACAAUAGCGUUAAAUAAGCCAAUUGGAUACUUAUGCUCUACUGUGAGAGAGGAAUCAAAUCACAAACUAGUUUAUGAUUUGUUACCAGAAGAAUUUUCUCGUAGGCAUCCAACACUUGGUUAUGUUGGUAGAUUAGAUCUCGAUAGCUCAGGUCUUCUUCUAUUGACACAAGAUGGUAAUUUUCAUCAUCGAGUGUUAAGACAUGACAUUGAAAAGAGGUAUGAAGUGAACUUUAUUCCUGAAAUUGUUUCAGAGCAUGAAUUAGAAGAGAUGAAGAAAAUUUUCUUCUCUGGAGAGUUGCAAUUAAGGAGUGAGGAAACAACACUCAAACCCAUUACAAAUUUUGAAUAUAUUAAUCCUUCCACAAUAUCUAUUUCAAUCGUAGAAGGAAAAUAUCAUCAAGUGAGACGAAUGUUUGCAGCAUGUUCCAAGAGAGUAGUGGCUCUAAAAAGAACACACAUUGGAGCGAUUUCUUUGGAGGGACUUGAAAGCCCUGGAGAAUGGUGUGUGAUCAAUACGGAUGCUUUAGAUGACUUUCGUUCUUGA